UUUCUGUCUUUCAAGUAUUUGAAUCAUUUGUGGAUUACGUGGCUGUGGAACAACUAGACGGUGACAAUAAAUACGACGCGGGGGAGCACGGCUUGCAGGAAGCAGAGAAAGGUGUGAAAUUCCUAACUUUGCCACCAGUGUUACAUCUACAGCUGAUGAGAUUUAUGUAUGACCCUCAGACGGACCAAAAUAUCAAGAUCAAUGAUAGGUUUGAAUUCCCAGAACAGUUACCACUCGAUGAAUUUUUGCAAAAAACAGAUCCUAAGGACCCUGCAAAUUAUAUCCUUCAUGCAGUCCUGGUUCACAGUGGAGAUAAUCAUGGUGGACAUUAUGUGGUUUAUCUGAACCCCAAAGGGGACGGCAAAUGGUGCAAAUUCGACGACGACGUGGUGUCCAGGUGUACGAAGGAGGAGGCCAUCGAGCAUAACUACGGGGGCCACGACGACGACCUGUCCGUGCGGCACUGCACCAACGCCUACAUGCUGGUGUACAUCAGGGAGUCCAAGCUCAGUGAGGUUUUACAAGCGGUCACCGACCACGACAUCCCUCAGCAGCUGGUAGAGCGACUCCAGGAGGAGAAAAGGAUCGAGGCGCAGAAGCGGAAGGAGCGGCAGGAAGCCCACCUCUACAUGCAAGUGCAGAUAGUUGCAGAGGACCAGUUUUGUGGCCACCAAGGAAAUGAUAUGUACGAUGAAGAAAAAGUGAAAUACACUGUGUUCAAAGUAUUGAAAAACUCCUCCCUGACUGAAUUUGUCCAGAACCUUUCUCAGACCAUGGGAUUUCCACAAGAUCAAAUUCGAUUAUGGCCCAUGCAGGCGAGGAGCAAUGGAACCAAACGGCCCGCCAUGUUGGAUAACGAGGCAGACGGCAACAAGACGAUGAUUGAACUGAGCGAUAAUGAAAAUCCAUGGACAAUAUUCCUGGAGACCGUUGAUCCGGAGCUUGCUGCCAGCGGGGCCACGUUACCCAAGUUUGACAAAGAUCAUGAUGUCAUGCUGUUUUUGAAAAUGUAUGACCCCAAAACACGGAGCUUGAACUACUGUGGGCACAUCUACACACCAAUAUCCUGUAAAAUACGUGACUUGCUCCCGGUUAUGUGUGACAGAGCGGGAUUUAUCCAAGAUACUAGCCUUAUCCUCUAUGAGGAAGUUAAACCGAAUUUAACAGAGAGAAUUCAGGACUACGACGUGUCUCUUGAUAAAGCCCUUGAUGAACUAAUGGACGGUGACAUUAUAGUCUUCCAGAAGGAUGAUCCUGAAAAUGAUAACAGUGAACUACCCACUGCAAAAGAAUAUUUCCGAGACCUCUACCACCGUGUCGAUGUCAUUUUCUGUGAUAAAACAAUCCCUAAUGAUCCUGGAUUCGUGGUUACAUUAUCAAACCGAAUGAAUUAUUUUCAGGUUGCAAAGACAGUGGCCCAGAGGCUCAACACGGACCCCAUGUUGCUCCAGUUUUUCAAGUCUCAAGGUUAUAGGGACGGCCCGGGUAACCCUCUUAGACAUAAUUAUGAAGGGACUUUAAGAGAUCUCCUACAGUUCUUCAAGCCUAGACAACCUAAGAAGCUUUACUAUCAGCAGCUUAAGAUGAAAAUCACAGACUUUGAAAACAGACGAAGUUUUAAGUGUAUUUGGUUAAACAGCCAGUUUAGGGAAGAGGAAAUAACACUCUAUCCCGAUAAGCACGGGUGCGUCCGGGACCUGCUGGAAGAAUGUAAAAAGGCUGUUGAGCUCGGGGAGAAGGCGUCAGGGAAACUUAGGCUGCUGGAGAUUGUAAGCUACAAGAUUAUCGGGGUGCACCAGGAAGACGAGCUGUUAGAAUGCUUAUCCCCAGCGACGAGUAGAACGUUUCGAAUCGAGGAAAUCCCUCUGGACCAGGUGGACAUAGACACGGAGAACGAGAUGCUGGUCACUGUGGCGCACUUCCACAAGGAGGUGUUUGGGACGUUUGGCGUUCCGUUUCUGCUGAGGAUACACCAGGGCGAGCACUUCAGAGAAGUCAUGAAGCGGAUUCAGAGUCUGCUGGACAUCCAGGAAAAGGAGUUCGAGAAGUUUAAAUUUGCCAUUGUGAUGAUGGGCCGACACCAGUACAUCAACGAGGAUGAGUAUGAAGUGAACUUGAAAGACUUUGAGCCCCAGCCUGGUAACAUGUCUCACCCUCGGCCUUGGCUAGGGCUCGACCACUUCAACAAAGCCCCAAAGAGGAGUCGCUACACUUACCUGGAAAAGGCCAUUAAAAUCCAUAACUGACUUCCUUACCCAGUGUGUGCAAGGCGAGGGGCCGUGCGUGGGUGUGUGCCCCUUUUUAACAGCCUAGAACUUUGGUCCACGUGCACUCUGUCCGAAGUCUUCAGCAAGAGGGUUUGCUGCUGAUGUUAAUUUUAUUUUGUUGAGGCUGUUCAGUUUGGCUUCUCUGUAUCUAUUGACUGCCCUUUUUGAGCAAAAUGAAGGUGUUUUUAUAAAGCUUGGAUGCCAAUGAGAGUUAUUUUACGGUAACCACAGUGCAAGGCGACCGCCAGCAUAAUGGGGGUGGGGGAAGGGGCGAGGGCCGCGAGGCUCUGGCGAGAGGCCUCUGGUGUGUUCCCAGCGGGCGGAGGUCGCCCGGCUGCCUUCCUGGGGUCGCGGUCUCCGGCCCUGCCGCUGGGCUCGCGUGGAGGCUCGUCUGCCGUAUUUCCCUCCGUUCUACUUGCCAUGACCUUCUGUGCAUCUGUAAAGGCAAAACAGAGAAACUCACAACCUAAUAAAUAGUGCUCUUUCCUUCA